AUGGAGGUGACCGAGGCCGACGCCGGCAACUACAGGUGCACGGCCAAGAACAACCAUGGACACACCCACCACGUCAUCACCGUGCAAGUGAAAGCUGCCCCCUACUGGACUAGUGCUCCUCGGAACCUCAUCCUGGCCCCCAAAGAGAGCGGCAUCCUCACUUGCCUGGCUGGGGGCAUCCCCAAACCCAAGGUCGCAUGGUCUGUGAACGGGAUGCCCAUUCAAAAUGCACCCAACGACACCAGUCGGGAGGUGAGGGGCGAGACCAUCUUCCUCUCUGAUGUGCGCACAGGCUCCAGCGCUGUCUACCAGUGCAACGCCUCCAAUGAGUUCGGCUACCUCCUGGCCAACGCCUUCGUCAACGUCCUUGCGGAGCCUCCACGAGUGCUCACUCCACCCAAUAACGUGUACCAGGUCAUCACCAACAACCUCGCCUUACUCGACUGUGCCUCGUUCGGAUCCCCUAUACCCACCAUCAACUGGUUCAAGGAUGGCCAGACCAGUAUCCUGAACGGUGAUCCCUACGUCCUCCACACCAACGGCUCGCUGGAGAUCCACGUGGCCCAGCCCCUGCACAGCGGCAAGUACACCUGCGUCGCCACCAACUACCUGGGCAGCAAGGAGAACCACGUCUACCUGGAGGUCAAAGAGCCCACGCGAAUUCUGAAGCAGCCGGAGUAUAAGGCCGUCCAGCGGGACAGGAAGGCAGUAUUUGAGUGCAAGGUCAAGCACGAUCCCACCCUCAUCCCCACCAUGAUCUGGCUCAAGGACGGAGGAGACUUACCCGACGAUGACCGGUUUGUGAUUGGCGCAGACACCUUGACCAUCCAUGACGUGACGGAGACCGACGAGGGCCAGUACACCUGCAUCAUGAACACCACCCUGGACCAGGACUCAGCCAGCGCCACGCUCACCGUAGUGGACAGACCAAGUCCACCUAUUGACCUGGAGCUCACGGACCAACUGGCGAGGAGUGUCCAGCUCACCUGGAUCCCUGGAGAUGAACACAACAGCCCCACCCAGAAGUUCCUCAUCCAGUUUGAAGACUCCCUGCAUGAGAGGGGCGUGUGGGUCAACAUGACGGAGGUCCCCGGCACCAAGACCUCGGCCCGGUUGGACCUGUCUCCGUACGUGUACUACUCCUUCAGGGUGCUGGCGCUGAAUGACGUGGGCUACAGUGAUCCCAGUGCAUCUUCGGAGCAGUACCGGACCAAUCCAGACAAGCCAGAAGACAAUCCAUCAGAUGUUCAAGGUUCUGGAACAGACCCCAAGAAUCUAGUUAUAUCAUGGAAGCCUCUGACGGGUUACCAGUCCAACGGUCCGGACCUGCAGUACGUGGUGAGCUGGAGGCAGAAGGAUCUGGACCAGGAAUGGGCUACCGUCACCGUGGAAAACGCCUCGCAGUACGUGGUGCCCGAGACGCCCACCUUCGUGCCUUUCGAGAUCAAGGUCCAGGCCAAGAACCACUUUGGGAUGGCGCCCGAGCCCGAGGUGGCGGUGGGAUACUCCGGCGAAGACUUGCCCUCAGCAGCUCCGGCCAGUGUGAAGGUCGAGGCAGGAAAUGACACCAUCGCAGAGGUCACCUGGGAGCCUGUUCCCAUGGCAACAGUCCAUGGAAAACUACAAGGCUAUAAGGUGUACUACUGGAGGGAGAAGAGCCUUCUGCAGGAGGACGCGGAGCCCGAGGAGCCUCAGGUGAUGGUCUUCAGCGGGAACAAGACGGAGGGCAAGGUGUCAGGCCUGCACCCCUACAGCCUCUACAACCUCCAGGUCAGGGUGUUCAACAGCAAGGGAGAGGGCCCAGAGAGCGUCAAGAAGACGUUUCAGACGCCCGAAGGAGUUCCCGGACAGCCAGCCUUCCUCAACGUCAUUGACCAAAGCCUGGACUCUCUGUCACUGGAGUGGGGGCUGCCCGAGCAGCACAACGGCCUUCUGACAGGCUUCACACUCAAAUACCAGCCCGUGAACGACACGAGUGAGCUCGGUCGCAUGGAGGAGGUGACCCUGCCGGCCAACGAGACGAAGCUGACCCUCUCCAGCCUGAAGUACAGCACCCGCUACAAGGUCUACAUCAGCGCCAACACGGUCAAGGGCGCCGGCCCCAACAUCUCCCAGGAGGCCGUCACCAUCAUCGACACAGCUCGUCCCACCGCCCGGGCAUUCGGAAGGGUAAACUCAUCCGUGGAACAAAACGGAGCUGUUAUAAGUUGGGAGUACUCGGGUCCGGAUAACAUUUACGUGGAAUAUAAUGUAGAAAACAGUAAAGACGCGUGGACUAAAGAGUUUGUAAACGGCACGCAAACGUAUCUGAUUAAGGGUCUAAAGGCGGGCACGUCGUAUAGGGUGCGAGUGGUGGCCAAAGACCACUCGGACCAAACGCUGCACAGCACCGACGAACUGGUCAUUACGGUCCCAGCAAUGCCAAGCCAGCAGGUUGACAUAGCCACACAAGGCUGGUUCAUCGGGCUCAUGUGUGCUGUCGCCCUCCUCAUCCUCGUCCUCCUCAUCGUCUGCUUCAUCAAGAGGAAUAAAGGAGGAAAAUAUCCAGUGAAAGAGAAAGAGGACCAGCACCAGGACCCAGAAAUACAGCCCAUGAAGGAGGAUGAUGGCACCUUUGGAGAAUACAGUGACACGGAGGACCACAAGCCUCUGAAAGGCAGCCGUACGCCGUCCAACGGCACGGUGAAGAAGGACGACAGCGACGACAGCCUGGUGGACUACGGCGAGGGCGGCGACGGUCAGUUCAACGAGGACGGCUCCUUCAUCGGCCAGUACAGCGGCAAGAAGGAGAAGGACACGGCGGAGGGCAACGAGAGCUCCGAAGCGCCCUCGCCCGUCAACGCCAUGAACUCGUUCGUGUGAGAGCGCCGGGGGAACGCAGCAAACAAACAAACAAAAACAAAAACAACAGGGAGACAAACGAUCGGACUCUCUCUGGACUUCACACUCACACACACACACACACACACACACACACACUCACACACAUAUUCACAGAGAGAUAUACAUAUAUGUGCUCAUUUAACAUGGGAGAGGAGAAAAGAGAAUUGGAAAAAUGAUCUUCUCUUACACACACGCGCACACACACAUACACACACAAACACACACACACUCACACACAUACAUGCACACACACACACACACACACUUUGACAUCCUUCAUUGUUGCCAGGCUGUCCCAUCGCCCUUGUACAUCAUGAACUCUUUUGUGUGACCUGACGCAUGUAGAGAGAGACAUGGCACCUCGUCUUCAUCACACACACACAUACACACACACACAUACACACACACAUGCACACACACACACACACACACACACACACACACACACACUCACACACAAACAUCUCAAACACUGAGACACUUCAUCUCCACCAGGCUGUCUCAUCACACUGUGAACUCCUUCCCCCCACCCCCCUCACCACACACACACACACACACACACACACACACACACACACACGCACACAUGCUCACUUUGCCAAAUUCAAACCAGUGAACCGACCCCCCAGGUCCUCAGCUACAGUGACUGCGAGGAGGGAGAGUGAGAGGCAGGAGGGCAGUUUGGAUGAAGAGCUGGAGGGAACAGUGUCUCAGACUGACUAGCUUCCUCCCAGUCUGCGCAAAGCUGAACGGGAGAGGAGCUUCUAUUACAUUGUCUGGAUUUUUUUUUUUUUUUUUUUUUUUUUUUUUUACAAACAUACAAAUAUAUAGAUGAGAAUUAUAUAUAUGAGAUAGUAAUAAUAUAUAAAAUAUAUAUUAUAUAUAUGAGCUAUAUUUUUUUUCGCCACAUGAACUAUCGGUAGUUGAAUAGCAUCACGCUAACACAUUUUAGCAUCCUUUAGCUUCUGCGGCAUAUUUCCCCAUAGAGUUGAGCACUCCGAGGUAGCGAUGUACAUGGUGACCAUGUUGAUGCCUCCCUGUGGGGUUCACACUUGACUGUUUCACGCCACACAUUUGCAAACACAGGUUAUGCUGUUCUGUGUUUCAUCAUCGUCAACAAACAAACAAACAAAAACAACGACAGUAAUGAAAAUAACCUACUGAUACGAAAACAGUAUUAUAAUCUGUAUUAAUCAAAGGAAAAAGACAAGUGACACCGAUGUCUUUGUGGACAUUGUUGUAAAAAUGUGUGACUUGAUGUAAAAGCUAUUACGAUUAAUAAUAUUAUGUCUUAUUUUGCAAGACAAAAGAGCUGUCUGUAUAUAUCUAUACUAAUUUUCAGAAAACAAAUCUAUCUGUAGGACAUCAGGGACAGGAGCUUGGCAGUGGCGUUCUCGCUGGGCCGGCACAGGCCCUCAACUGGCCCACGUCAGAGCCAGAUGUGCUUUAGUCAGCUACUACACCGUGAGAUCGCUCAGCGCUUUAGUCCCUGAAAACUGUGCUAGAUACAGCACACACGCACACACACACACAAACAAACUAUCACACACACACAAACAAACUAUCACACACACACACACACAUACAAACACACACACACACACACACACACACACAAUCACACAGCAUUAUUACAUAGAAGGACACACACACACACACACACACACUACUAGCGAUUCAGCAAACUCGAAAUGACACCCAUGCAUUCUUGUCACAAAUGUAGCCUUGAUGGAUUUUCUGAAUCUAUUUUCAGUUAGGUACACUUUUUUGUUGUUGUGUUUUGUUGUGUUUUUCUCUCUUUUUUUUGAGCUUGCUGAUUCUUUGUAAAGGUUUCAUUUAUUUUGGUCUCAGAUGUGGACUUCCUGUUGCAUUCCUCAAGCAGAGGAAGCCCAGGCAGGCAGGAGCCGGUUCUGGCCCAGACGCAGGCCGGAUCUGGCGUGGAUGUAUGUGUCACGCCCAGGUGCACUCUGGGAAGAGAGAAAGUGGAGAUUUGAGAUUGUCUUGGCGAGCAGCAGUUAUUGUUUCCUCUCAUCAAAUGUGGUUCAUGAGAGCCCUCUCAACACCCCCCCACCCCAUGCACACACACACACACACAAAGGCUCACAGCAAUCCAUACCUCACCCUUUCUCUCUCUCUCUCACACACACACACACACACACACACACAUACCCUCUCUUUCUCACAAUCAUACAAACACACACACACUCACAAACACACAAACACACAAACACACACGUAACUUUACCCAGCCUUUGCCCAGCCUGUGCUCUAUAGAAAGAGAGAGAGAGAGAGAGAGAGAGACAUAAAGAAAUGAACAUGCAUACACACCACAGCUGUGUAUAGAAGCAGCCUCUUACUAUAGAGGUUUCUCCCCGGCCUCGUUGCAUGGUGACUAGUGCCUUUGUAGAGAACAGCGUUCUACGUUCAAUCAUUUAGACACCCCCUUCUCCCAUGUCUCACCUCCCCUUGUGCUCAUGCACUCAAUCACACACACACACACACACACACAUACAGACAAAACAGCAAGGAGAGAUUCACCAAUGUCGAAACGUUAAAGAGAUUCACCGCCACAUUCAUGUACCAUUCAGAGAUUCUUCGUCUUCGUCACCAACCCAGCCUGCAGGCAGAAGUGAGCAUGCUCUCAUCUCAAGCUCUCAUUGGCCGCAUUAUGCAGAAGGGGAGGGGCUGCUUCUUUUCUACCAAGCAGCUGCAACUACUGCCAUUCUGACAGGUUAACUGCCAUUGGACCCAGCCACCACAGGUGGCGCUAUAAUACAGGCUUCGGGGGACUGCAGGUGUGGGGGAAGGGGGGGAACCUGAGUUGGUGUCAUUAUAAACAACUUAAAGUGGGGAUAUAAAGUAAACGAGUACAUACUGUAGGUCGGGGAGGGGGUCGUAUAACAAAUGUGGAAUGUUGAAUAACAAAAAUAGCAGUUACCUAUAGGUUAGGUUAGACAAACUCAGUGUGAACAAUAAUGUGUAAGUUGUUUUAUUUCUUCACGUAUAGCCAUGCUUUUGUUUUGUUCUUGGGCCAUGGUACUGCAUGUUUAUGAGUAUUGCAAGCUUUGGAGUGUAGCGUUGUGAAGAGAAGCAUUCUGUUCUCACCUAGUUACCAAUCCAACACAGACAUGAUUGAUUGGAGUGUGUAUGUGUGUGUGUGUGUCUCAGCUGUGUCAGUGUGUGUCUGUGUUCACUGUAUGUCGGUGCAAGAAUGAAGAAUGUGACACGUGUGUGUGUAUGUGUAUGCAAGUGUGUGUAGGUUUUUUCAAGACGACCGUAUGUGUAUGUAUGUUGUCCUCGUGGGGUUGCACUCUGUUUGACGAAGCCCCAGAUUUUUCUUGAUUUAGCUUGUCAUGACUUGCAUCAAGUUUUUCUGUUUUGAUUUUUUCUCUUUUAGUUUGGAGUUGUCUGGCUUUAUACGUAAUUAUAGAUAUUUUGUUGCGAUGUAAAUAUAACCUGAUUAAUUUAAGACGCGAUGCCAUACCAGUAAAAGAAAAAAAAAACAAAGAGAAAGAAAAAUAGCCAACUUGAGAAAGCUUAAUCUGCUACUAAACAUGGGGAAUGCGAAAAGAAAAAAAAAAAGUGAAAACUUUAAAUGCGAAUUUCAAGUGUUUUUUUCUUUACACCACUGUGCGUCUAUGCCACUGUGUAAGAAUUUGAAACUAGACAGCAGACGACUCGCGGCCCAACCUCAGUUUUGAUCUGGCUCAGGUGUGGCCCGGAUGCGGCAAGACUGGCUGAGGUCCGAGUCUGCUCGAGUCAGAGGUUCUCUGCUUUACCAUACAUUGUGUUGUUUGUGGAACCUGCUCCCACACUGGAUUCACUGCCGACGUUGCUUAUUUUGCUGUGAAAAAAAAAGAAAACAUUGUUUUAUACUAUCAUGGAGAGAAAACAAACACUCACACAACAAUCAGCAUUUAUUUCCCUCUGCUCAUACUUCUCAUGGGGUGCACGAGAGAAAAGAAAAGUGAUCAGUGCGCUUCUCGUUACCUGCUCUCUUGUUUGUCUCAGAAGGGCCACGUUCUUCUUUGUGUACCUAAAAAGAACACACGAGAACCCAGAAAACAUGAGAUCCUAUCAGACUAUGUGGCAGCAUAAUGGCACUGCAUACUCCUUUGAAAAAGCCUGUUUUGUUUUUUUUCCCUUCUUUUUUCUUUUUUUUCCUAUUUUCUUUCUUUUUUGUGAAUGGUGUCCAAUGGUAGGAUAAAAUAUAUGAUAUGAUAUGAUAUGAUACAAACAUUCUGGUGAAAAUGUCAAAGCUACAUAAAGCUUAGCAUGAAAGGCUGUCAAAUGGUUAACUCUAUGAUAUUAUUGCAAAAUAUUUUGUAUUUUAAAUGAUAAAAAAAUAAAUGUUGGUUUCAGGAUUUCACAACCAAACUUA